AUGUCUAAACGCACAGCGCAAGGUCCUCAAGGGUCCAAGGAAACAGAACUUGACUUCGGAAUGCAAGGCACGCCAGAUGACAAGCCCCAGCGGGCCACCGCCGCCCAGCUUGCCAGUCGAAACAAACAACCGUUCCUGGACGCUUUCCGUGCUGUUCAGUCGCGCCUGCCUAUUCUGAAGCUGCCUAUUCGGAGUUCUCGAUGUGUUUCCACAUCAGCUCUUCCGCAUCGUGACCUUCGCGUAUUGAGAUCCUCUGCUGUUCCCCUUUCGCCUCACAUCUUGGCUGUUUUGUCCAAUGCGCGGCUUCUGGCUCUCUUCGGUCUCCCAUCGCACAAAACUACGCUCUAUCUCAUCCCCUGCAGAAUCUCUCUGUUCGACAUGGCCCAACGCAAUGCGGAAAGCAUGCUGACUUCUGAACCCUCUGGUGUUGACAGGAUAAAAGAAAUUCGAAAGCGCCCUCGUGGGACGACUCCUACUGGUGGUGCUGGCGAAGCACCUGCUGCUUUCGGACAGCUACCAUCUGCUCCGGCUUUCCAGCCUCCUUCCUCUUUUUCAGCCCCACCAAGCCAGCCAAGUGGCUUCAGCUUCGGCCAGAGCCAAAGCCAAAGCUUCCCAGGAGCCACUGCGGCUCCCGCCCAGCCGAGUCAGGACUCGCCAUUUUCUUUUGGGGCAAGCAACUCGACACCGUUCAACUUCUCCGGAGGGUUUGGAGCGGCGCCCAGUAACCCAUUUGCCGGCUCCGCCUUUGGGGCCGGCAAUGCUGCUCCCGCUCAACCAAGCACCAGUGCCACUUCGGUGAGCUUCGGCGGGUUUGGAAACCAAUCCACUACGCAGCCGGCCUUCUCAUUCGGUGCCACCCAGACUGCAAGCUCAACCGCCAGCGGCUCAGGGAAUGGCGGCUUGUUUGGUCAGACGUCUGGCACAAACGCGUCCAGCAACGCUGCAGGAGAUUCGAUGCAGAUGUCUCCAGAGGCAAAACCGAAAAGCAUCUUCGCUGCAUCAUCAGAUCCUCAGGGCAAGGAUAUCUUUGGAGGCUCUGGAUCCUUUGGCAAGCCGGCCGUGUCUGCAAACAAUUCCGACUUUAACCUUGACGGCGCUCAUGUUGCGUACAACGUGAAUAAGCAACCCGCUGUGGAGGGUAAUCCUUUUGCGCCCAAAUCAACAGCUUCCAGCCAGCCGAAUGCGUCUUCCCAGAGCAAACCGUUUGGCAGUCUCUUCGGGGCAACACCUGUAUCUUCUAAUCCGCCCGAAUCUAAAGCAACAGCCGAUAGCAAUGUGUUUGCUCAAAAGCCAGCUGCACCCAGCAAUCCCUUCUCGUUCCAAUCUGCGUCUUCGGACACUGCCAAAGCCCCAUCUACACAAGCUCAAUCCGGUGGUCUCUUCUCAACAAAACCGGCUUCUACACAGUCUGCUCCAAGUGGCCUCUUUGCCCAAGCAGCCCCGUCCCCGAAUCUCUUCGCACCCAAAGCUCCGUCGAGUGAUACAGCUUCGGCUGCACCUUCGACACAGACGACAAACAAUAUCUUCGGUACUUCAACCACGACCCAACCGAGUAUCUUCGGGGAUAAAUCGUCAUCAAAGAGUUUGUUUGCUCCCCAAUCUAAUCAAGUGGAAGCACCGGAAAAACCGGCACAGUCGAACCCGUUUGGGAGCUUGUUUGGAGCGUCAUCGAAUGCCCCUGAAACUCCACCAUCCAGCAAGCCUGCUGAGACAAAGCCUUUUGCUGGUCUAUUUGGAGGGCUUCCUGCCACCACAAAACCAGCCGAGGCUUCGUCCACUUUGAAGCUGUUUGGAGCCCCAGUGCCCGCAGCAGCACCGCCAGUUGAGGCUAAGCCUUCCGAAUCAGGGUCGCAAUCUACAUCUCUCUUCGGGGCUGCUGCGCCCACAUUCAACGCUCCGCCGACGACUGGCGCCACUCAAAGCCUCUUCGCCGCCAAACCAACCACUGAGCAACCCUCGACGAGCCCCGCGAAGCCGUUCGCCAACCUUCCUAGCAGCGAAACUGGGGCUGCCUCUUCCAAGCCUGCGUCAACGACCGACCUUGACAACAGUAAGCAAAAGGAGAUUCCCGCGACCUACCAAAGGCUCAAGAUUCCGCCCGGGACAAGCAAGGAAGUCGCCGAGGGUGCAGAGCUAUUGUGGAAGAUCCGAGCGCUAGAUACUCAGUUCCAGAAGCAAGUUCUCAAGUAUCAGCCUGGUAUUGAUUGCUUUGAUGAUUUGAUUCUUUUCUACAUGAGGAUCCGGAAUGCGAUGGGGGCUCCGGUCAAGGCUUCCACUGAAACUAAGCAGAAGUCCGCGCACGUUGAUGUUGUGAACGGCUCUGCCACGUCUAGCGUUUUUGCCAAGUCCUUCUCUGCGCCUAAUUCGGGCAAAGAAGCUCCUGCCUCCUCUGUGUCUGCCCAAGGUACUGCCAAGAGCCUCUUCGCCAAUGCUAGUGCUAACGGGAGUGUGACAUCUCCAGCACCCGCUGCCCCUGCCGCUUCUCCGGUAAAACCGGCAAGCAAUAUGUUUGCACAGGCGGCAUCUCCGGCGCCAAGCGCUUCCGCUUCUCCAGCAAAGCCAACCGGAAACAUGUUCGCGCAAGCGGCGUCUCCAGCGCCAAACUCUUCGGCUUCCUCUAAGCUCUCUGGUAAUAUGUUUGCUCAGCCAGUCUCGCAAGCGUCUCAAAAUGGUACAGCCACGCCGACUCCACCCAAAUUUGGGGCCAGUGUUGGCACCGUUGAUUUCAUGGCACAGUUCAAGCAAAAGGCUGAAAAGACCAUGAAGGAAGAAAAAGCCAAGCGCAAGGCCGAAGACUUUGAUUCAGAGGAGGAUGACGAAGAGGAAUGGGAACGUCGGGACGCUGAAAAGCAGCGUGAAAAGCGUGCCAAGCUCGAAGCUGAAGGUGUGAAGAAGAAGAAAUCCGUCUUCAGGAACGGAAAAUUCGAGUGGGUGGAUGUUGAUGAGCCAACUUCAGCUGACUCAAGUGGCACUACGUCUCUGUCUACCGACGGGCCUGCGGACAAGGCCGUCGAGAAACCAUCCGAGAAGCCUGCUGCCAGCAAUCUCUUCGCGCCGUCUGAUAGCGCCUCUAUCACUGCCCCGUCUGCGGGCUCUUCCACUGGGUCUAUUUUCGAGUCUUCAGGUCGACCCCUCCCUGCAUCUGAGAAUAUCUUCGGAAGUCUCACCCCAAGCCAGAACGACUCUGGCAAAGACAGUGACGAAUCGGACGUCGAAGAAAAGGUCGAAUCCAAGCAGGCAAAACCCGCAGAGCCGGCGGGUGCGGCCAAAUCCAGUAUCAAUGCACCACUUCCAGCACCGACUGCGGAAGCUGGUCGUAGUCUGUUUGACCGAGUCUCGUCACCAACACCAACCCCUCAAAAAGAUGCUGCUUCUUCCACGUCGAGUCUCUUCUCUGCCAGUUUUGGUCAAAACAACUCCUUUGGCAAGUCAACGUCUUUUGGUCAAAACAGCACUACAUCCAGCGGAGAUAAGAACAGCUCAUUUGGUCCAUCUAUGUCUUUCGGUCAGAACAGCACAACGCCCGCGGCCGGCAAGACCAAUAAUCCUUUUGGUCAGUCCAUCUCAUUUGGCCAGAGCACUACCGCACCAGCAGCCGAUAAAACCUGGAAGCCCAGCUCUCCCAUCAAGUUUUCUACCGAGUCCGCUGCGGCUGCCACCUCAGCGCCUGCUUCAACUCUCCCAUCGACCCAAGCUUCAAGCGAGGCCAAUUCUGGGGCCGCCACCCCUGAGGAUGAAAUUAGCUCUGGUGAGGUCUUUGAUAUGUCCAAGGCAAAUGCAGGCGAGGAGGAAGAAUCGGUUGUUUUUGAGUGCAAGGCUCGCGCCUUCAAGCUGGCUACCGGCUGGCAACUACAGGGUACCGGUGUUUUGCGUCUGCUCCAGCAUCCCGGCACGAACCGAGCCCGGAUUGUGCUCCGCACCGACCCCGGCGGUAAUGUCAUUUUGAACACGUUCCUGAAGAAGGAUUUGGAUUAUUCCCGACAGGGGAACAGUGUUCAGUUCAUGGUCCCUCAAGCAGACAAGGCCCAGCCGGAACACUGGACUGUUCGUGUGAACGCGCAGUCUAUCGAAAAGCUCCACCCAAAGAUGCAGGAGAUCAAGAACUGA